CGUAAUUUCCAUGCGGAAAUGCGCGGAGGAGGAUACCCAAUUGACGCACUAGAAACAAAAACAACGUGGUAUUUAAUUAUGUCUUUUUGAUAAGCAACGAAAUGUUUCAUUAAUAAGUUAAAAUGGUGUCCACAGAUUUUAAAGCCCUGAUCCAGAGGUUUUACCAGCUUCAGUCGGAGCGUCUGGAAACAUAUAGACUCUUUGAGGAAGGACACGAGGCCUACCUGAGGACAGGCCCCCAGUAUGACUUUGACCACUACAAGCAGCUGGUCCACGAGAUAACCAAGGCCUUCAGUGGCAUCUCUCUGGAGGUGCUGGACAUCAAGGAGAAGUUUCACCAGCAGUUGGACCGACCGGACCUCUCGGAGCACAUCGAGAAGCUGCAGUGCAAAGAGAAGCAGAAGCUCGAACUGACAGCCCAGCUGCAGCUGGCCAAGCAGCGUGCUCAGGAUCACCCUGAAGACGACGCCUGUCAAGAGAAGAUCCGCGAGCUCAAACACGAGCUCAUCACGAACAAAGAGGCGCUAAGUGACAUCAUGCAGGACUUUAAGUACGACUCAGAGGAGUGUGAUUGACAGGACAGCUGACGUUGAUACGUCCUCUUUGGACAGGAUAGCUGCAUGUAUUGAUCCUGCUCUGGCUCCGCCCCCCUUUCUGCUGCAGUCUCAUUCCACGUACUGUACAUUCAGCCUUUCUUUUUCUGGAUGGUGUUUUUUUGUGUUACGGCAGGUCAGGUCUAAUGUGUUCAUGACACAAAGAUGCUCAAAACCGCAUAGACAUGCAGGACUCAUCCAGGACUCAUUCAUGUCCAUCUGCUGCGUGACACACCAGGUUGUCUACAGACUGCUACCUCUGCUGUGCGUUGCAGAGGCCUUGAAGGGUGACACUGAGGGUGUGGGCACUCAACACCACCGCUGUGCUGUGGGCGCUGCUUGUGGACGACCUGUUCACAGUCCAGAACAAGGUCCUGAUGUGGAGGUCCAGCUCAGGGAUAAGGGUGAAUGAGGUUUUCAAGCUGGACACAAUAGGCAGGACGGGUGCCCUGAGGGAAGACGACUACCACCUCCAUGUGAUGUAUGCACACACACACAAACACAGAGUUCAUUGCCUGACAUGAAUAUACAGUAUAUACAGUAAUAGCAGCACAGAUGUUUUUAAAACUAAACAUAAUACACUCCUGAUUAAAAUUUUAAGUCGAAUUGAAAAAUUGCAAGAAUUUACAUUUUACACUGAUGGAUCUUAAGGAGGUUCGAAGUCGAGCUUCAAAAUGCAAAAAGGAGAAAUGGAAUUCGAUGUCAAUUUCUGUGAGGUAUUCACCCUGUCAUGAUCUCUUGAUAGCAAAGACAAGAAGCAUUCUCUCUUUGAACACUGUCAGAUUGUUGGGCUGCAUAAACAAGGCCUUUUGCGGUAGGCCGUUGCCUUUGUUGGACGCAGUAGUCAUUUUAAACUUCUUCAAACAUCCUGAGGGUUAUGGAACAAAAAAGUCAAAUGGUAGACCCAAGGAAAUUUCGGCAUCACUGAGCCAGAAGAUCUAAUUGGCUGUCCGUCAAGACACGGGACGAUCCUCGGCCCAAAUAAAGGUUCUCACUGGUGCCGAGUGCAGUCCAAUAAUUUCUUCUUCAGUGGAACAAUGGAGCUUCAGGAUGUGCAGGGGCGUCAAACCGCAGCUGGCUAUGUGGAGAUGUUGCAGGGGGGCAUCCCUCAUGACUGCAGGCCCUCAUCUGUGUGGUAAUUACUGGCUUUUUCAACAGGACAACGCUGCAGCUCACAAUGCCCGCCUGACAAAGGACUUCUUUCAGAGGAAUAACCUCACUCUUUUGGAGCAUCCUGCGUGUUCCCCUGAUCUAAAUCCAAUUUAGACAUCUAAAUCCAGUUUAGAACAUUUGGGGCUGGAUUGCAAGGGAAGUUUACAAAAAUGGACAUCAGUUCCAGACAGUGAAGUCGUGAAGCCAUCUUCACCCAGUGUUGCCCCCCUUGAUGACAUAUUUUCUCAAAGGCGACUAGCGAUAAAAAUCUAGAGAUGUUUUCUGGCAUCGUUGGAGAGUUUUCUAGUAUUUGGGUACUGAAAAGAGAAAGCAGGUAUUGUUUGCGUUUUGUGUUCUCACUGAGCAACAGCGGGUGCUGUUGACAGGCCCGCCCUGCCCAAAGGUAGUGACAAGCUGGCAGCGUACAGUCAGCUUCCACGGCACACUGAGAGCAUGAUGUGGAGUUCUACGCGUCAAAAGUGCAAAUGAAUCACGCCUGUGUGAGCCGCGAUGCCGUGCACGGUGUUUUACACAGCGAGAUCUAAGAAACAGAUGUUUCUUCAUCUUCUGUAAGCCUGGAUAAAAGAGGUGGGUGUGUUUAUAUUUUAUUGUUUUUCUAUUGCUACUCGUUCAGUAAAAUGAAGUGGAUUAUCUUACAAUUCUUUGGAUAAAUGUAAGUAAUUGACAAGCCUACUGUAUUGCCUGUAUUUGUGAAGCUCAGUUGCUAUUACAUAUAUUCUGUGCUACCACACUCCGUCAUGUUAAUGUGAGCCAUAGAAUAAACACAGCAUAAUCUGUUAUUCACUGUUCAAUUGUGCUAAUUAAAUUUCUCAAUAGCUGGUGUAUGAUGUGAGAACUUUGAGAGGUGCUGGCCAAUGUAAAAUAUUAAAGUUAUUUUAUUUUAA